AUCUCAACCCUAACUUUAUCCAAUCAGUAUUACAUCCAAACGGUAAAAAUAAUCUUGGGAUAAAAUAGAAACUUUUGUUGGCGUUUCUACAGAUUUUUUAUUGGACCAAACAUAUUCAUAACUUUCGUUUUGAGACUCCCCCGGCGCCGGUAAAGUCAGCAAGAGCACCGACGAUCGCGUUUCAGAUCGUCAAAAAGUAGAAGGAACACCCGCGCGCGAGAAAUCACCCAGGGUGCAACGAUUUUGUAGGGUCAAUGGCGUCUUCUUCGGAUGCUUGGAUGAGAGAUUACAAUGAGGCUUUGAAACUCUCUGAGGACAUUAAUGGCAUGAUGUCUGAAAGGAAUGCCUCCGGGUUAACCGGGCCUGAUGCUCAACGUCGUGCCUCAGCCAUACGAAGAAAGAUCACCAUCUUGGGGACCCGAUUAGACAGUUUACAGUCCCUUCUUGUUAAGGUUCCUGGGAAGCAGAAUGUUUCUGAUAAAGAGAUGAAUCGUCGCAAGGAUAUGGUUGGGAAUUUGAGAUCAAAAACAAAUCAGGUGGCCUCUGCUUUGAAUAUGUCAAACUUUGCAAACAGAGACAGCUUGCUUGGUCCAGAUAUAAAGCCGGAUGAUGCGAUGAAAAGAGUCUCUGGCAUGGAUAACCAAGGAAUUGUUGGAUUUCAACGGCAAGUUAUGAGAGAACAAGACGAGGGACUUGAGAAGUUGGAGGAGACAGUCAUGAGUACCAAGCACAUUGCUCUCGCUGUCAACGAGGAGCUCACUCUGCAGACAAGGCUUAUUGAUGACUUAGAUUACCAUGUAGAUGUCACUGACUCUCGCUUACGGCGUGUGCAAAAGAGCCUUGCCGUGAUGAACAAGAGCAUGAAAAGUGGUUGCUCAUGCAUGUCCAUGCUUAUAUCUGUGCUUGGAAUCGUUGGUCUAGCUCUUGUGAUUUGGCUGCUGGUUAAGUAUCUGUAAUGUUAGCAUGGUGGUAACUUGUGAAAGCUGAUCCUGUGCUCUCAGCCUCUCCUCUGCGCUGCUUAAUGGUUGUAAUCUAUUCCUUGUUUCGAUAUUUAUGCUCCUUUCCUUCCAUUGCAAAGUUUAAUACCGCAGCGUGUAAGAAAACUCAAGAAGUAUAGAAUCUAUAUGGUAUGGCUCCAACUUGGUUUUCAAUUAAGAACUACUCGUGGUAGGACAAUGCAGAAACAGAAUUUUAGCA